GGUACAUUCUAGGGUAGGCAACAUUUCUCAGUAGGCUGCCGUAAGAGGAGGGUGAAGAAGGAGAGGAAGUCCCAUUCGUCCUGUUGUCCACACUCCAGGACUUGUUGAUUGGAUCCUCCUCUAGCCUCUAGAGCUAGCUCAAUUCCGCAUCCAUGGCUGGGCGUCUGAUCCUAAGCAGAUCCUUGGCUUUGGUCAUGGCGAGAAAACUGCCUAUGUGCCGUUGGGUUUCCCCUCGCACUGGGGUCCUACAGGCUGCCCACAAGAUCCCUGGCACUCCAGCACUAAACCUGAUCAAGCCCUUGUAUACUACCCGCAUUCACAAGAUUACAUUUGAAAUCCAGGAUGGGCCAGAUUUUCAGGACAGGGUUCUCAACAGCAACACUCCAGUGGUGGUGGAUUUCCAUGCCCAGUGGUGCGGCCCCUGUAAGAUCCUGGGACCUCGUCUGGAGAAGAUGGUGGCCAGACAGAAGGGCAAGGUAGUGAUGGCUAAGGUUGACAUCGAUGACAACACCGACCUCGCCAUUGCCUUUGAGGUAUCUGUAGUGCCAACUGUUUUGGCCAUCAAGAAUGGCGAUGUGGUAGACAAGUUUGAAGGGAUCAAGGAUGAAGAUCAGCUUGAAUGCUUCCUGAAGAAGCUGAUCUACUGCUAAGCAGGUCUGACAGAAUACUAAACAAUCCCACCUCUUGCGAUGAAGAACAAACCCUAAGGCUCCAGACGAAAAUUUCCUAGUAACAACCAUGACUAGCUCCAAAAGACACCUCCUUCCGUUCUUUCUUUCCAACUACAAGGACAAUAACAUCAAGAGCUAGAAGAAAGAGAAGAAUUCUACAAAGUCCUGUAAGUUAGAAGAGCCUUAAAGCACCAUCUUACUCUAACAUCGACUGGUCCUUUGUUUUUUAUCAGCAAGAGGCUUAACGUGGAUUCACAGAACCAUUAGGGUAAUGCGUUAUUUUGAAAAAAAUAAUAAAAUGUCAGUUUAAACGAA